UCUAUUUUAAUUAAUCAUUAAGAUUAAAAGAUAUAUAUGUAUAUAUAUCGUUUUAAAUUAAAUAUAUACCAUAUAAAAUACAUAAAUAUUUUAAUUUCGAAAUUUACUUUUUUUUUUAUAAAACCUUUGAACAAAUUAACAUUGUCAACUUAAUUUUAAAAAAAUAAUAAAAUUUUGUUACCAGUAAUUUAAAGUUUUUGCCCGAAAAGAUACAAAUGAUCUAAAAAACCAUUAAGUAGAAAGCAUUAUUUAACCGACAUUAAUAUUAAAAAUAUAUUAUAUAUGUUAACAUCAUUUAAAUUUAGUUAUAUAUUCUAUCAAAUAAAAAAUAUUUUUUUGAUUAAAAAUAUUGAUUUAUAUGUUCGUACUAAUUUUAUUACUUAUGUAAUAAUUACUGAUUUUUAAUUAUUUAAUAUUUAUUUAUUUUUUCAUAAUAUAUAAAAAUAUAUAAUUUAUAUAUAUAAUAUUGACCCGGGCAAAACAUACUAUUUACAUGACGAGACGAGGAAGACUGGAAGAGGAUUAGGGCUGGGCAAAUAAACCGAAUCCGAAAACCCGAACCGAAUCCGAUCCGAUAAAAAUAAAUCCGAACCGAUCCGAACCCGACGUAAAUACCGAAUGGAUCUUGUUUUGUGGUAUUUCGGGUUAUGGGUAUAAUCCGAACCGAACCCGAAUCUAAAUGGAUAUCCGAUAAAACCCAAAACAUUCAAAACCUCGAAAAUAUCUUGUACCAAACAUGAUCUCAAUUAAUAUGUAUCCAAAAUACACUAUGAAAUAUUGAACAUCUAAAAUACUUAUCUAUUACAUGAAGGUUGGUGGUUCUAUUACAUGAAGGUUGGUGGUUCUAUUACACGAAAGUUGAUUGUUGAAGAUGGCCGUUGAAUCUUAAAGUAUUUAGAUUUUGUUUUCGUUAAACAAUGUUUCUCAUUUCAUGAGAACGUGGUUUUCAUUUUAUGUUUUUAUUUAUUUGGUUUUCUUUUUAUCAGUAAAUAUGUUUACUUUUCGUUUGAUUUUGAAUGAUCACGGUUAAUGUUUCUUAUUUUUGAAUCGAUUUUACUUAAGUUUUGGUUACAAAAUAGAUACAAAUCAGGUAUUUUAAAACUGAAGAACCGAUUUUACUCAUGUUUUGGUUAUAAAAUAAGUAAAAAUCAGGUACUUUUAAACCGAAAAAGCGAUUGGGACCCAAACCCGAAGUAUAUUGGGUUGUACCGGUUCUUUGAAGAUUAACUAACCCCGACCCGAACCCGAUAGAACCCGAACCGGUCCCGAACCGAACUUUCAUAUAAUCCGAAUGGGGCUGAUUUUGAUAAACUCGAAAAACUGAAACCCGAUUGGAUAAAACCGAAAUCCGUUUGGAACCCCGAAUGCCCAGGCCUAAAAAGGAUGGCGAAAAAUGUUCAAAUUUUCACCAUCUAAAUUUUUUUUUUGGUAUGAAAAAGGUGUUUUCACCAUCUAAUUCCAUUAACAUCGUACUAUAUUUUUGUUUGAUUGGAGAUGAUUACGGACAUCAUAUAGGUGUAGCACGUAGUUAUUUAACGUGAUUAGUGGGUUCGUCUUGUGUUCAAAAAAAAAAAAAAAGAUUAGUGGGUUCGUCUCAUUAAUGACAAUGAAAUACAUUUCCAAAUUCCAAUAUAAAAAUUGGUAAAAAGAAAGUUUUAAAGUGUACUAUAUUUCUUACUGACUUGGUCAACAAAAUAUUCUGUGAUUAUCCGAAUUAGUGAAUGAAUGUGAUAAAAAUAAUUUACAGAUUACUAAAUCUCCGAAUCAUCCUAAUACAAAAAUAGAAAUUAAUUGAAAGUCUUUGUGUCUAUAACAUUGUGAUGUGUUGCAAACCAGUUACAAAAUAAAGAAAAAAGCUUUGAAUUUGACACGUUUACAAUUUACUAAGCCAGAACGUAUGUGACACGUUUACGGUUUAAUAAGCGAGAACGUGACAACUCUCAAGAGUCUAAGCUCUGCUUACUUAAAUUGUUGAUUUCGAAAGUAAAGUAUAAGCGAAUCUCGAGGAAGACGAAGAACAAGAUUAGUAAGAAGCAGAAGCAGAAGUAGAAAGAAAGAAAGAGCCAGAGAUAUACAAUGAGAGGUUACAACGUGUUCGGUGCAUCGAGAUCGGGAAAGACGAUACUAGUAGCUCUCUUUCUAACGGUUGGAUCAUUCUACGCUGGCUCUCUCUUCGGCAACAACGAACCCAUCUACGUCUCUCAAUCUGCUCUCUUCAAAUUCCCAAACAAAAUCAACCUUACUCACCGAGUCUCACCACUAGUCAUACCCGAAACUGGGAUGAAUGUGUGUCCCUUAAAGUUCAACGAGUACCUUCCUUGUCACAACGUCAGUUACGUGCACCAGCUGAGCUUGAACGUCUCUAGAAGAGAAGAGCUCGAGAGACACUGCCCGCCGCUCGAGCAGCGUCUCUUCUGCUUGGUGCCUCCACCAAAAGAUUACAAGAUACCUUUAAAAUGGCCAACCAGUAGAGACUAUGUAUGGAGAAGCAAUGUGAAUCAUACGCAUCUCGCUCAAGUUAACGGUGGACAAAGCUGGGUGCAGGAGCAUGGAGAGUUUUGGUGGUUCCCUGGUGGUGGUACUCAUUUCAAACAUGGUGCUUCAGAAUACAUACAAAGGUUGGGAGGUAUGGUGACUAAUGAAACAGGUGACUUGAGUUCAGCUGGAGUGGUACAAGUACUUGAUGUUGGAUGUGGAGUUGCAAGCUUUGCGGCGUAUCUACUUCCUUUAGGUAUAAAGACAAUGUCCUUUGCUCCUAAUGAUGCUCAUGAGAAUCAGAUUCAGUUUGCAUUGGAGAGAGGCGUUGGUGCAAUGAUCUCUGCUGUUUCCACCAAACAACUACCAUAUCCUUCAGCUUCCUUUGAGAUGGUUCAUUGUUCGAGAUGUCGUGUUGAUUGGCAUGCAAACGGUGGCAUCUUACUUAAAGAAGUUCAUAGGCUUCUUAGACCUAAUGGCUACUUCGUGUAUACGUCGCCACCAGCUUAUAGGAAUGAUAAAGAGUAUCCUAUGAUUUGGGAUAAGUUGGUUAGUCUAGCUAACUCAAUGUGCUGGAAGCUUGUUUCACGGAAGGUACAAACUGCAAUAUGGGUUAAAGAAGAGAACGUGGAGUGCCUUAAGAAGAAUGCAGAGCUAAAGCUCAUAAGUUUAUGUGAUGUGGAAGAUGCUUUGAAACCGUCCUGGCAAGUUCCUCUUAGAGAUUGUGUGCAAAUUAGUGGAGAUACAGAGAUGAGAUCUUCUUCUUUAGCUGAACGUCUCUCCAAGUAUCCAGAAACUCUGAGAAACAAAGGCAUCAGUGAGGAUGAGUAUGCAUCGGACACUGUCUUCUGGAGAGAACAAGUUAAACAUUACUGGCGAUUGAUGAAUGUCAAUGAGAGUGAAGUGCGGAAUGUGAUGGAUAUGAAUGCAUUCGUUGGUGGAUUUGCUUCAGCCAUGGACUCGUAUCCUGUUUGGGUGAUGAACAUAGUACCUGCUACUAUGAAUGACACUUUGUCUGGAGUUUUUGAGAGGGGUUUAACUGGUGCUUUCCAUGAUUGGUGUGAGCCGUUCUCAACAUAUCCGCGGACGUAUGAUUUGCUGCAUGCCAAUCAUGUCAUCUCUCACUACCAAAGCCGUGGAGAUGGUUGUUUGGUAGAGGAUAUCAUGCUUGAGAUGGACCGGAUGAUUCGCCCUCAGGGAUUCAUCAUUAUAAGGGACGAGGAACAGGUAAUCUCAAGGAUCCGAGACUUGGCUCCUAAGUACCUCUGGGAAGUGGAAACUCAUCAGCUGGAAAACAAAUUCAACAAGACAGAAACCGUUCUGUUUUGCAGAAAAAGAUUCUGGGCAAUCAUCUGAACAGAACCAGGUGUAUAGUUACAAACAGGUUUUGUACACUCUUGGGUCUAUAACAAAGAGGAUGAAGUGAAACUUACCAAGCAGCUUUUGUUAGUAUAUUGAUUCUAGAAGGUCUCUGUACAUGUACUUACUAUCUUCAUAAUUCAUACAAGGGUUUGUUUCUGAACUUAUCAAUCACAAUAAUUAGUUACAUA